UGAACUUCACUCUCUGAGACAGUCUAUCCGGCGCCGACCCAUCGCGAUUCCCCCUGUUGGUCAGGGACGUAUGCGCGACGUACACCGUUCCCUCCUCUCUCGUAAAGCCGUCUCUCCAUCCCGGGAAAUCGCCCUUGUGAUCUGGAGUCGUCAACAAAUAUUUUACUCGCAUACAAAUCGAGAAGGCGGUUCGCGGACUGUCAACCACCGAAAGGAUCUCCAGCUGUAGGUGGGAAAUCGUGCAACCAUCAACGACCUAUACCGAUCAGGUCUCUCCCCGUCCCGGGGCACUAUUCGAGCCGAAUCUUUCGGAGUGACACAAGGCUCCGUUAGCCUAGUGCGACGUUCAUCUGAGUGUAUUUAUCCUCCCAAGAGAGCGCGGCGCCAAUAUUCCAGCGAUUCUACCCACUCCUGGAGCCGACCCAAGACAUCAUGGCUCAAGUGACGGUCCGAGAGAUCAAGGUACCGAAGGACAUCGACAAAUGGUUGAAGAGUAGAGCUUAUGACGACUAUCUACAAUUUGUCCUGGCGAUGAAUAAAGCGACUCGCGGACUGAACGCCGGAUCAGAGAUGACCGUCAGCGAAAAUGUCAAUAAGCUUCUGGACCUCCUUGCGGAGCUCGACAAACUGAUCGACGAGACCCCACCGAUCUCACAGCCAGCGCGUUUCGGAAACGCGGCUUACAGACAAUGGUAUCAGAAGUUCGCAGACCGGAGAGUCGAGUCCAUCGAAAAAGUGCUCCCCGAGAGCCUGAAGUCACGGGCGUCAGAGUUGGCAGCGUAUUAUCUGGACUCGUUUGGUAAUCAAACCCGAAUCGAUUAUGGUACCGGUCAUGAGAUGAAUUUCGCAGUUUUUCUCAUGUGUUUGUUCAAGAUCGGAUUCUUCACUGAAUCUGAUGCCCCAGCGGUGGUUUGUAAAAUCUUCACCCGGUACAUGCGAUUAGUGCGAAAGCUGCAAACCGUCUACAGGAUGGAACCGGCUGGAAGUCAUGGUGUCUGGUCACUGGACGAUUAUCAAUUCCUCCCGUUUGUUUGGGGUUCAUCACAGUUGGUCAUCGAUCCACCUGAUAAACCUAAUCCUGAGAUCUCUGAGCCAUGUCAGUUUCUGAACGAAGACAUCCCUGAGAGGUAUGCCGAUGACUACCUAUUCAUGGCCUGCAUCGCCUACAUCAAUUCGGUAAAGAAGGGUCCUUUCUUCGAGCACUCGAACCAACUGUAUAAUGCCUCGGGUACCCCUUCCUGGCAAAGAUUGAAUGAGGGCCUCAUUCGGAUGUACAAGAAUGAAGUACUCUGCAAGUUUCCCAUAGUCCAGCACAUGGUCUUCGGUGAGCUCGUUUCCGUGGACCCAGCUCCUCCCAGGUAGUGAGGCGUCCGAGGCUGCUCGAUUUCAAAGCAUCCUGAAGAAAUUCUCCACAGAUUCUCGCUUACCCCUCUUUCCCUCGAGGCGGCCGCAAUCCGGCGAGGCACUCUGUCCCGUUUCGUUAUUUACUGUUGAUAGGUAUUGGGCCGACACAUGUUGGAGUUUGGCCAGGCAACAGCCACGCCAAGAAUCGCCGAGCGAAGUGAGAAUAAAGGAACCAAGA